CCGACAGAACAGAGGGCUUAUUGAGACGUACCUUUGGAACGGCACACAGAAGACAACACCAGCUGAUCCCAGGGACUGAAUCAGUUUUCUUUGCACACACCGACGCGCCGCGUCGUCCCUCUAUUUUGUAGCAGCGGUAAUAGCAGCAGUUAGAGAAAUAUAGUGCUUAAAAAAAAACCAAGAAAAGAGGAAGCCGCCUGGACCAACCCUCCAAGCCGCAGCAUCCCUUCAUCAUUAACUCCAAAUGAACCCUCUGAGAAUGUGGAUUUGAGUGGGUUACAGAAGAACGCAGUGGGUUACAGAAGAACCCUUCGGGAACCAUGGCUGUGGAUCCUCAGAGGUGGUUGCCCUUGGCACUGGUGAUGCCCCUACUUUUCGGCUUGGCCGAGGCAGACCCUGAAAAUCUCACGAGACCCCAUUCCUGCACAGACUUCCAGCCAGCGAGCGUCUUGCGGGGUUCCAAACUUGAGGUCCAGUUCCUUUUGUUCACCACUUUUCAUCCCAGCUGUGGGCAGCUGCUGUCAAGCACUGAGGAUGUCUUGAACUCCAACUUUAAUGCCAGCCUGGGAACGAAAAUAGUAAUCCACGGUUUCAGGGCAGUGGGCACAAAGCCCUCCUGGAUCGACGGGCUCAUCGGGGCCUUGCUGGUAGCAGCCCCUGCCAACGUUAUUGCGGUGGAUUGGGUUCACGGGGCCACCGCCUCUUAUAAUACCGCAGUGGAAAAUGUCACCAAGCUGUCGCUGGAAAUCUUCGCCUUCAUCCACAGGUUGCUGGCCUUGGGCAUACCAGAGACAUCCAUCCACCUCAUUGGGGUGAGCCUGGGUGCUCACGUCGGGGGACUGGUGGGCCAUUUCUACAAAGGCCGCCUUGGAAGGAUUACAGGUCUGGAUCCUGCAGGGCCCAGAUUCACCAGAGCCAGCAAGGAAGAGCGCCUGGAUCCUGGAGACGCCCUUUUUGUGGAAGCCAUUCACACAGAUGCAGACAAGUUUGGAAUCCGGAUCCCUGUAGGCCACAUUGAUUAUUACGUCAACGGAGGCCAAGACCAGCCCGGCUGUCCCCGUUUCAUCACAUCUGCCUAUAACUCUAUGAUCUGUGACCAUAUGAGGGCCGUGCAUUUCUACGUCAGCGCCUUGGAGGACUCCUGCUCCUUGAUCGCUUUCCCCUGCUCCAGUUACAAGGAUUUCUUAGCAGGCCGGUGUGUGCAUUGCACCGACUCAGUUUUGCCUUCCUGUCCGGCCAUAGGACUUUUAGACAAUGGAGGAAUCAAGGUGAAACCACUGCCCCGAGAGGUCAAAGUUUACUUGGCCACUUCUGCGUCAGCGCCAUACUGCUUGUACCACAGCCUGGUUAAAGUUCGCUUGCAGCAGAGGAGAAUUUUGGAUACCAGCAUUGAGAUCAAUUUCUGGAGCAGAAAUUCUACCUUCAGUGUCUCCAUCACUGUACCCAAGCGGGAGACCCUGGGCCAAAGCCUGGUGACUCACUCCAUGCCACUGUGCCAGGUGGAGAGGGUGACACUGCUGUACCACCCCAAGAGCUGGCGAAGGAGCAGGGAAGAGGAUCCGGUUGUCGACCUGUUGUGUGCUGCUCCCCUUCCUAUGAAUGCAAGUGAGAAAAUGUUCUGCCUGACACAGACGAUCCCUGUGAUGGGAAGGAACAGCCCGUCCUAUGACUUGGCCUUUGCGUGUGGGUCUAUCACAGCUCCCCCAGAGGAUGCAGAGAGAACAACGGGACGUUGGCAGUGAAGUGUGCUGGUUUUGGCCUAUCUUCUCUGCCCUGAAGUCUGAGGCCUGGGACUGUCGCAGAUGUGUGUUGAAUAACUCCUGCCCUACUUAGAAUGCCUGUGUGGCACUACUGAUUGUUCCUCGCCCACUACUGAUUGUUCAGCAGUGGCUUAGGAGGUUAAGAGCUCGUGUAUCUAAUCUGGAGGAACCGGGUUUGAUUCCCAGCUCUGCCGCCUGAGCU